AUGCCUUUUAUUUGCUUCAACUAUACCGGUGGAGCACAGCCUUCUGUCUCCGCUCCUCUGGGGCUUUGGCCCGGAGCAACGUCUGCACAUGGCGAGAACUGGGUCGACUUCCUCACAGUGACCUACAAUGCGUCUGUAUUCUUCUCAUAUGACCUCGCAGUCAGCGGAGCAACACUCGACAACGACAUCGUAGCGGCAUCAUCGACAUCCAUCGCCUCUGUUAAACAGCAGAUUGUCAGCCAGUUCAUUCCUGGAUAUGUAUCGCCCAUCACUGUGCCCAAGCCUCCCAAGUGGACCGGCAGCAACACGCUUUUCACAAUAUGGGUUGGCAUCAACGACAUUGGAUCCACGUUCGGCAAGGGCUCUGCCUCUACUGCGUCCAUUAACCAGCAGCUAAUCUCAGAAUAUACGUCGCUCGUGGAACAGCUCUAUGCAGCUGGUGCGCGUAACUUUGUCUUCAUAACCGUCCCGACCAUUGACCGAUCGCCCGGAACGAUUGCCGCUGGAACAACUGUUGCCGGGCAGGAAAAGAUCGACGUCGUGCAGUGGAACCAGCUGCUCGUCAAUAUGGCCAAGAGCGAGAAAGCUCUACGUACAGACUCCAAUAUCUGGAUUUAUGACGCCAAUGCGCUCUUUACCGAGAUCUUGAAUAAUGUCAAGUCUUUUCCGCAGACUGCUGGAAUCACCAAUACCACACAUUUCUGUCAAGCGUAUGCUAAUGGAACGCCAACCGACGAUUAUUUCGACCCAUCAUGCGGCGUUCCCGUGAACCAAUACUUCUGGCUCAACUCAUUGCAUCCAAGAACGCCGGUGCAUGAUGUGAUUGCAGAUGUCCUUUCACGCGAGCUCCUCGCAGGGCCCAACAUUUGCUAA